AUGAGCCAGAGACCCAGUCAGCGCAUGAAGCGCUGUAAAAGUAUGACAGAUAUUCUCGAAGAGACCAACAGAAAGGGUUCGUCGAAAUCGAGAGUCCUAAAAACGAGCAACUCGAAGAAACUGUAUAUGGGACGAAGGAGUCUCGGAGUGGCUGCAGCAGGAAGUUCAGGGAAAAUCAAAAGAAAGAAAAGCAAAACCGAACGGGAUAUCGAUAUGGAUCGGUAUGAAUAUGACUACGGGCUCGAUGAUGAAGGAUAUGCUCCAUCUUCGUCGGAAAGUUCGUUUCGAUGUAUUCAAUCACUUGAUAAAAGCGCCAAUUCCUCUUAUAAUCACUUGAGAGAAGCAGAACAUAAAGAGCCUUGUACAUAUGCCAGUGCUUCAUUGAGUGCCAAUUUCGAUGCUUUAACCCUUAAUGAUAGAUGUGCCUUAAACCGUGAGCUUACAAAUUUCCUCAAAAAAGAGGCACGUGAGCGCACACAACAGCUUGAAAUGACACAACGGGUUAUGGAUUGCGCCUUAUUUGGAACCACUUUGAGGUUCAUUGUUGGAGAUGAGAAUGAGAAAAAAUAUAGCUUCGAGAGCAUUCUUUGGCUAGUGCUCAAAGCGUAUGAAUCCGGAAGAGAUGUGCUCAUUGGAAAAGACCAAUGGAUGGCUGAAGAUCAAAAAAUAGCCGAUGAGCGCAAAAAAUGUAUGAUGGUAUUGGAUAAUAUCGCGGAAUUUCGGCAUGAGCCCAGCGAGAAAGAGCAAACUGACUCGUUGUGCAAAGGAAUCGAAUUUACGCCAGAUUAUUUUGCUGAACUCAGAAAUGUGUGGAAUCGCGUGAGCACAAUUCUCGAACGAUUUGAUCGUCUCGUUACGCUGUUCCCUCAUCAAAAUGCUCUCUGGGCCGUCGUUGAACAUGAUAGAGGCGCCGUGCAACGAAAAAUGAUUGAAGAACGGCUGACGGCGAUGCGGGUUUGGCUGAACACUGUUAACGAUAUUUGCGACAAAUUUGAAAGGCUCGGUAAUCUUUUCGAUGUCAAUGCGAUGCCGGGUGGCGUAAAGAGCUGGUUCCGGCCAUUGCAUGAGGAUAACGCAGUGUCGUCGAUUGAGGAGAUUCAGCCAGUAUUCGGAAUUUAUGUGAAGAAAAGUUUAAAUUUGAAGGGAAUGAAACGUGUGCUUUCUCGCGUCGAAUCACUCAUUGGAACUACUGUGGCGAAGACAGUGAUUCUCAUGCAAAAACCACCGGAAUCGUAUGCAGCAGCGGCGAUGGCAAGCACAAAGUGUCAAUUGCCAAUAUCGGAUGCGUUUAAGGAACGUUACGCGGAUAUGGAAAACUGGCGCUUCUGCACACCAACAUACAGAGCGUUAGGCCUUCCGAAACCAGCCAAACUUUUCUUCUUCCUUUUGGCAAUUCCCAUGCAGCUCGUCAUUAAAUGGCUGAAUGUUCGAUCGGAGGCUCAGCCGCCAAGCGAACAAGCAUUGGAUGAGCUUACGAUCGAUGCGAUGAUCACCGAUUCGAGGGAUUGUGUCGAAGUGGCGUUGAGAAUAAAGAAGAAUUACAUGACGAUUCUACAAGCGUUAUGCUCGAAAUGUGCGGUUCCUGCUUAUUUGUAUCCGAACGAUUUUGAUUCAAAUGUUCGAGCAGUUUUUCAGAAGUACAUUCAUUAUAUCUAUUGCUGGACAAAUUGUGUUGUUGAUCAAUCGGAUAUAAGCAAUUUAUUCGAGAUGCUUGAGAAAGAAUGGUCGAUUGCUUUGAAUUGUGCGAGAUCGAUUACGUCGGGCGGCGAGUUACUGUGCACAUCCUUGUGCAACAUUAUUCGAUUGAUUCUCCGAGGAAUGAUUGAGGAUUUCGAGGAAGACGAAGUUGACAAGUUCAAAGACCAAUUCGUUCAGGACGAUGACGACCCGUUCGAAGAGAUAUACAUUGGCGAUCGGCCUAGGAUCACUCCGAUUCAAAACUUUUUGAGAUCUAUAAAUGAACUAAUCAAAGAGGUCAAGAAUCGAGAGCUUCGAACAUUUGCUUUGAUCCGAACAGCUCUAAAUGAUUUGCAAGAUGCAGUUGGAUAUCAAUUGAAGGAUGAUGUCAAAAUAUCGCGUCUUUUGCUCACAAUGGCUGAAGACUUCUGUCUGAUCAAGCUGAAUCACGCCGGUGAUGAUGGUGAAGAAUGUUUCGAAGAAAAUUUGAACGUCGCAAUAUUUAUAGAUAAGCAAACUGUGGAUAAGGGUCUCGUUGAGAAUUGCUUAUUAGCGCUGUCCGAAGGUCGCAAAUCUGACGAUUCUUGCAUUAUGAUUUUACCCGACACUCAACACAAUAUUGGCUCUAUUUGGAGCGGAAGAAGCACAAAAGUGCCGAUUGGAGAGGAGACCCGUAUCAGCUUUAGUAAUAUUCGGUCUGAUGAGAUUCUCUCGAUUUGUAAUGCUGAGAGGCUCAAAAUAUUGGAGGGCAAAUACGUCAAUUUAUUAAAAGAAGAAUCUCUUUUGAAACACCUCAUUCGACAACAUGAGAGAAUUCAAAUGCUCAUUGACAAAAUUGUUGAAAACUACGAUCCGGACGAUAAGCCGAAAAGAAGCUUGAAAACGACAUUGCAGAAACAUUUCUUGAUCACUUUCCAGAUUCAUCGUGAUGUUGCGCGUGUGAUUAGCGACUCGUUUAUGGAGAAGUUUGGAAAAGAAAUGAUUGAUAUUGCUCUUACCAUCUUUGAAAAAUGGAUGAUAUUUGUUACAAGAUUCUGCUCGCCAGCUAGUCAAUUGCCAAUGUGGGCAAUUCCCGCAUUGAAUUUUCUUCACAGCUUCAGCGAACCCAAAUGGACGUGCUCGAGUGUGAUGACAGACGCGCAAUAUUCGAAAUUGUGCGAACUCGUGGCUCGACAUAAGUCUGCUGUUAUAAUUGAGAAGGACUCGGUGCUUGCUGAGCGUCUUGCUCGGCCAUCGCAUAUAAUGAGCCGUUCGACAAGCUCGAAAUCAACUACAUCCAGUUCGUUGGAAAAAGAGAAAAAACAAAUUUCGAAAUUGAUGGAUAUUGAAAUACUUCGUGAUAAUCAGCUCCGUAAAAAUCGGGACAUUGGUCGUGUGUUGAAUGGCGAUGAAGAAGUUUCGGUGCUUCCUCGAGACGAUUCGACGGUUCGAAACAUCCCAGCACCUUUUGAAUACGUGAUAAUCAAUGAGAUCGCCACAGGCGGUUUCGGAAUUGUCUACCGAGCGAUGGUGACUAGUCAGGAGCCCAGAGUUAUUGCCGCCAAAGUCAUCAGCAUUAACAAAGUGCUGACAAAUGAGAUCAAUGUAUUCCGGCAGCUCAGUCAUAACAAUUUGGUCAAAUUCUAUGGAUUCGAGAUGAAUACAAAAUCGGUGACAAUAUUCAUGGAGUAUUGCUCAGAAGGAACUCUUGAGGAUAUUUGUACGAAUGGAAUGGAUUUGACGAUGGCACGAAAGUUCACCAACAGCCUUCUGUGUGCAGUACAGUACCUUCAUGAUCAUAAAAUAAUCCAUCGUGAUAUCAAACCGAAGAAUAUAUUUCUUGACAAGAAAUGUGUACUGAAGCUCGGCGAUUUUGGGUGUGCUGCUCGAUUACGAACGAAUGUUACCAUAUUUGGAGAAGUGCGCGAUGUCAUUGGAACAGUGAGCUACAUGGCUCCAGAGAUUUUGUCUCGCGGCGAAAUGACAAAUGAAGAAGGUGUCUAUAAAGGAUAUGGAAGAAGUGUCGAUAUUUGGGCGAUCGGAUGUACGGUAAUUCAUAUGCUGAGUGGAGUUGCGCCAUGGAAAGGAAUGGACAUGUAUCAAUUGACUUAUAAGAUUUGCCUUCUCCAGCAGAAGCCACCAUAUCCUCAUGGAAAUCGAGAAGAUGUCAGAGAGUUUUUGGAUAUGUGCUUUGAGUAUCUUCCGGAUGACCGCGCGAGUGCUUCAGAGCUUCUGAAUACAACAUUUGCUAAUGUUAAACCGGCGGACGAACGCCCGAUUUAUGAGAACCAAUCGUCAAAAGAAGACUCAUUCCAGUUGAUUUAA